GGGCGGGCCGGGCUGCGCUAGCUCCUGCCGCCGCUCCAAAGCAGCGGGCGGUGGGACCCGCGACCGAGCUUGGGGCGGCGAUCGCGACGCUAGCUCUGCACCAUCCAGCGCCCCGCCUCCGGAGAAGCCCCUGCCGCUAGACCCUGGUUCGCCCCGGAAUCCCAGAGACUCGGGCACGGAGCAGACGCGGGGAGCAGGGUUCCCGGACCCGAAAGGACGCUCACGACACGGGGUGAGCUCGGGGAGCAGCGGCUCCUCUGCGGGCCCUCGCGGGCGCAGACCUGCAGAGCUUGAGGCCGGCGGGAAGAGACCCUUCUCUGGCUCUGCUUGGGGGUCCUGAUCUGAGGACCGACUCUAGGCGUUAGGAAAAGAAUUGCCCAUCCCUCGGAUUUCAGUGGCAUCUCUCCAAUCCCCUUGGAGCUGGGAGGAGCCAGGAGGCCCGUCCACACUUGCCCCCAGAUCUGCACAGCAUCCCCCACGCCACCCCUGAUCCCCAUCACCACAUUUAAGUCUUGGAGACUGGCCAUUGGAGAAAGGGAGGAGAGUAAAUGAAGAGAAAGAACUGGAAUAACUCCUUCCACAGGAAAAGGGAAGCAAGCUUCGCUGCCAACCCCCAUUUGAGCAAAAGCCACAGCCCCACCUGGGAGCAGGGUGGUGGCCAGGGCAAUGGUGGGAACCUUGAAGAUGCCCCAUGGCUACUGAGGGGGCUGCGCAGUCAGGGAGCAGAGUGUCUGGCAUGGUGUGCAGCCUGUGGGUCCUGGUCCUGGGGCCCUCAGUUCUGGCUCUGGAAGAAGUGUUGCUGGACACCACGGGAGAGACAUCUGAGAUUGGCUGGCUCACCUUCCCACCAGGUGGGUGGGACGAGGUAAGCGUUCUGGAUGACCAGCGUCGCCUCACAAGGACCUUUGAGGCAUGCCACGUGGCAGGGGCUGCUCCAGGUACCACCCAGGACAACUGGCUACAGACGCACUUUGUGGAGCGGCGAGGGGCCCAGAGGGCACACAUCAGACUCCACUUCUCCGUGCGGGCCUGCUCCAGCCUGGACGUGAGCGGGGGCACCUGCCGGGAGACCUUCACCCUUUACUACCGCCAGGCGGAGGAGCCCGACAGCCCCGACCACAUUUCAACCUGGCACCUCAAACGCUGGACCAAGGUGGACACAAUCGCAGCAGAUGAGAGCUUCCCUGCCUCUUCCUCCUCCUCUUCCUCCUCCUCUUGGGCUGUGGGGCCCCAAGGGACUGGUCAGCGAGCUGGCCUGCAGCUGAAUGUCAAGGAGCGAAGCUUUGGCCCUCUUACCCAGCGUGGCUUCUAUGUGGCCUUCCAGGACACAGGGGCCUGCCUGGCCCUUGUAGCGGUCAAGCUCUUCUCCUACGCCUGCCCCACCGUGCUCCGUGCCUUUGCCUCCUUUCCUGAGACGCAGGCCAGCGGGGCUGGGGGGGCCUCCCUGGUGGCAGCUGUGGGCACUUGUGUGGCUCACGCAGAGCCAGAGGAGGAUGGAGUUGGGGGCCAGGCAGGGGGCAGCCUCCCCAGGCUGCACUGCAAUGGGGAGGGCAAGUGGAUGGUAGCUGUUGGGGGCUGCCACUGCCAGCCUGGACACCAGCCUGCUCAUGGAGACAAGGCCUGCCAAGCCUGCCCUGGGGGGUCCUAUAAGGCCUUGGCCGGGAAUGCUCCCUGUUCACCAUGCCCUGCCCGCAGCCACUCCCCUGACCCUGCAGCCCCCGUUUGCCCCUGCCUCCAGGGCUUCUAUCGGGCCAGUUCUGAUCCACCAGAGGCCCCCUGUACUGGCCCUCCAUCAGCACCCCGGGAGCUGUGGUUUGAGGUGCAGGGCUCAGUGCUCAUGUUGCACUGGCGCCUGCCACAGGAGCUGGGCGGACGAGGUGACCUGCUCUUCAACGUCGUGUGCAAGGAAUGUGGAGGGCAUCAGGAGCCUGGCAGUGGGGGCUCCUGUCGCCGCUGCAGGGAUGAGGUGCAUUUUGACCCCCGCCAGAGGGGCCUGACGGAGAGUCGAGUGUUAGUCGGGGGGCUCCGAGCACAUGUACCCUAUAUCCUGGAGGUGCAGGCUGUCAAUGGGGUGUCUGAGCUCAGCCCUGACCCUCCCCACGCUGCAGCCAUCAAUGUCAGCACCAGUCAUGAAGUCCCCUCGGCAGUCCCUGUGGUGCACCAAGUGAGCAGGGCCGCCAACAGCAUCACUGUGUCCUGGCCCCAGCCUGACCAGACCAAUGGGAACAUCCUUGACUACCAGCUCCGCUACUAUGACCAGGCAGAAGACGAAUCCCACUCCUUCACUCUGACCAGCGAGACCAACACUGCCACCGUGACACGGCUGAGUCCUGGCCACAUCUAUGGCUUCCAGGUGCGGGCGCGGACUGCUGCUGGCCACGGCCCCUAUGGGGGCAAGGUCUAUUUCCAGACACUGCCUCAAGGUGAACUGUCCUCUCAGCUUCCAGAGAAGCUGUCCUUGGUGAUUGGCUCCAUCCUGGGAGCCUUGGCCUUCCUCCUGCUGGCGGCCAUCACAGUCCUGGCUGUCAUCUUCCAGCGGAAGCGGCGAGGCACAGGCUACACAGAGCAGCUGCAGCAGUACAGCAGCCCAGGACUUGGGGUAAAGUACUACACAGACCCCUCCACAUACGAAGACCCCUGCCAGGCCAUCCGAGAGCUUGCCAGGGAGGUUGACCCUUCGUAUAUCAAGAUUGAAGAGGUCAUUGGGGCAGGCUCCUUUGGAGAAGUGCGCAGGGGCCGACUGCAGCCCCGGGGACGGCGGGAGCAGGCCGUGGCCAUCCAGGCCCUGUGGGCCAGGGGUGCCGAGGGCCUGCAGAUGACCUUCCUGGGCCGUGCCGCACUCCUGGGCCAGUUCCAGCACCCCAACAUCCUGCGGCUGGAGGGUGUGGUCACCAAGAGCCGUCCCCUCAUGGUGCUGACAGAGCUCAUGGACCUCGGACCCCUGGACAGCUUCCUCAGGCAACGGGAGGGCCAGUUCAGCAGCCUGCAGCUGGUGGCCAUGCAGCGGGGCGUGGCCGCCGCCAUGCAGUACCUGUCUAGCUUUGCCUUUGUGCACCGAGCGCUCUCUGCCGGGAGCGUGCUGGUGAACAGCCACCUGGUGUGCAAGGUGGCCCGCCUUGGCCACAGUCCUCAGGGCUCAAGUUGCUUGCUUCGCUGGGCAGCCCCAGAGGUCAUUGCACACGGAAAGCAUACGACAUCCAGCGACGUCUGGAGCUUUGGGAUACUUAUGUGGGAAGUGAUGAGCUAUGGAGAACGGCCCUACUGGGACAUGAGUGAGCAAGAGGUACUAAAUGCAAUAGAGCAGGAGUUCCGGCUGCCCCCGCCUCCAGGCUGUCCUCCUGGACUACAUCUGCUGAUGCUGGACACAUGGCAGAAGGACCGUGCCCGGCGGCCUCACUUUGACCAGCUGGUGGCUGCAUUUGACAAGAUGAUCCGCAAGCCAGACACCCUGCAAGCUGAUGGGGGCGCAGGGGACAGACCUUCCCAGGCCCUCCUGAACCCUGUGGUCCUGGACUUCCCUUGUCUGGACUCGCCCCAGGCCUGGCUUUCGGCCAUCGGACUAGAGUGCUACCAGGACAACUUCUCCAAGUUCGGCCUCUGCACCUUCAGCGAUGUGGCUCAGCUCAGCCUGGAAGACCUGCCUGCCCUGGGCAUCACCCUGGCUGGCCACCAGAAGAAACUGCUGCACAACAUCCAGCUCCUCCGGCAGCAUCUGAGGCAGCCAGGCUCAGUGGAGGUGUGAGUGAGGUCUGGGCAGGAAGCUGUGAGCCCACGAUGCCGCUGACCCAGCCCAGGACACAGGUCCGAGGAGGGAUGCGCGAGAUGUGAGCCAGGCUCCCUCUCCGCCUCUGUGCCUGCGGCAUUCUCCCAACCCUCCUCUGGACGCUGCAUUUCCCCAGUCCUCCACCCUCUGCCAGCCUCCACUACAUUAAAGGGAAGGGAAUUUGAACGUU